AUCACUUUAAUUACCUUCUAGCUUUGGUAUUAAAAAGAUGUUUCAUAUAAAUAAGCAUUAGGUCAAAAGUAAUAAAUACAUAAAUAAAGCAGCGCAGAGCAGAGCAGAGUGGGAAGAAAGAAGAAGAUGGCGGAAGCGAUGAUGGUGGAGAACGGCAACGGCAACGGCAACGGCAAGGAGGACUACGGUGAGUGCUUGAUCGGAUACUUCGAGGAAGGUAGCCAUGAGUCCCACAGGUACUACCUCUCCCGAAGAACCACCCUAGAGAUGCUCAAGGACAGAGGCUACUCCAUCCCUGCUUCUGAAAUCGACCUCUCUCUCUCCCAAUUCAGAGCCAUUCACGGUGAUUCCCCUGACGUCGACCGCCUCCGCUUCUCCGCCACUCACCUCUCUGAUCCUUCCAAGAGGAUUUUAGUUAUCUUCUGUGGCCAACACAUUGUGAAAGUUACUUCCAUCCGCAGCAUUGCAGCGCAGAUUGUCAAUAGAGAAACUUUAACUGGCCUCAUUUUGAUUGUUCAAAGUACUAUUACUAGCCAGGCCUUGAAAGCUGUCAAUCUUUUCUCAUUCAAAGUUGAAAUCUUUCAGAUCACAGACUUGCUUAUUAAUAUUACAAAGCAUGUAUUGAAGCCAAAGCAUGAAAUUCUAACUGACAAACAGAAAAAGAACCUCCUAAAGAAGUACAAUUUAGAAGAAAAGCAGCUACCCCGCAUUCUACAAACAGAUGCAAUUGCAAGAUACUAUGGACUAGAGAAAGGGCAAGUAGUUAAGAUAACUUACAGUGGUGAUAUCACUCAGAUGCAUGUCGCCUAUCGAUGCGUUUGGUGAUGCUUCUUUCUUGUAUGCUGCUGGUAGAAUUCGUAGGAAUGCUUAAGAACUAGUUAGUAUAUCAUUGUAUAAUUAUAAGCUUAUGCAGUAACUUGCAUGCGGUUUGUGUGAAUUUCACUCGAGCAGAUGAACAAAUCCACAUUGAACAGUUUCUUUGUAUGACUAGUUUGGAAAUCACAAACUGCACUAUGUUAACUUUUGGCCAACCAAGGGUAUGUUUCAUGUGGAAGUAAAAGUAAAGAGAUAUUUUCAUGGA